AUGAGCGGACUUCGCUUCCUCGAUCUGAUUAAGCCCUUCACGCCCCUCCUCCCGGAGGUGGCAGCCCCGGAGACCAAGGUUCCCUUCAACCAGAAGCUGAUGUGGACGGGAUUGACCUUGUUGAUUUUCUUGGUUAUGAGUCAGAUGCCUUUGUAUGGUAUCGUCUCGUCCGACACCUCGGAUCCGCUGUACUGGCUGCGUAUGAUGUUGGCUAGUAACCGGGGUACGCUCAUGGAGUUGGGUAUUACUCCCAUCAUCUCCUCGGGCAUGGUUUUCCAGCUCCUCGCUGGUACCCACCUCAUCGAUGUCAACCUGGACCUCAAGACCGACCGUGAGCUCUACCAGACCGCUCAGAAACUUUUCGCUAUCAUCCUUUCGUUCGGUCAGGCCUGUGUUUACGUUUUGACUGGUCUCUACGGUCAGCCCAGCGACCUCGGUGCCGGUAUCUGCGUUCUGUUGAUCGUUCAGCUGGUUGUUGCUGGUCUCGUGGUUAUCCUCCUCGAUGAGCUGCUUCAGAAGGGCUACGGUCUCGGAAGCGGUAUCUCCCUUUUCAUCGCUACCAACAUUUGCGAGUCGAUUGUCUGGAAGGCCUUCUCUCCCACGACCAUCAACACCGGCCGUGGCCCUGAGUUCGAGGGUGCUAUCAUCGCUCUCUUCCAUCUUUUGUUGACCUGGCCCGACAAGCAGCGUGCUCUGUACGAAGCUUUCUACCGCCAGAACCUCCCCAACGUCAUGAACCUCCUGGCUACCGUUAUCGUCUUUGCAUCCGUCAUCUACCUCCAGGGCUUCCGUGUUGAGAUCCCCGUCAAGUCCUCCCGCCAGCGUGGCAUGCGUGGUUCUUACCCCGUCCGCUUGUUCUACACCUCCAACAUGCCCAUCAUGCUUCAGUCCGCUCUGUGCUCCAACAUCUUCCUAAUUAGCCAGAUGUUGUACUCGCGUUUCUCUGACAACAUCCUUGUCAAGCUUCUCGGUGUCUGGGAGCCCCGUGAGGGUUCCGCUCAGCUCCACGCUGCUUCGGGUAUUGCCUACUACAUGUCCCCUCCCUUGAACUUCAAGGAGGCCCUCCUCGACCCCGUCCACACAUCCGUGUACAUUGCUUUCAUGCUCGUUGCCUGCGCUCUCUUCUCCAAGACCUGGAUUGAGGUUUCUGGCUCCGCUCCCCGUGAUGUUGCUAAGCAGCUCAAGGACCAGGGUCUCGUCAUGGCCGGUCACCGUGAGCAGAGCAUGUACAAGGAACUGAAGCGUAUCAUCCCCACUGCUGCCGCUUUCGGUGGUGCUUGCAUUGGUGCUCUGUCCGUUGCCUCUGACCUUCUCGGUGCUCUUGGAAGCGGUACUGGUAUUCUGCUUGCCGUUACUAUUAUCUACGGAUACUUCGAGAUUGCUGCCCGAGAGGGCGACUUCGGUUCUGGCCUCAAGGGCCUUGUCCCUGGCAGCUAA